GUUCAAUCUGUUCUCUCAAUCGUGAUCCAAGUGUCGGAGGUAACGUGUCCCAAUACGUCAGACUGCCAAGUGAAACAUUGAACGACGAUGUGGACCGCGCUUUUGGUACUUUGUGUGGUAGCGUCUUUUGACGUGAAUGCAAGGGAAUUACAUGAUGCGUCUGCCCUGGAACUGUCUGGUUCUCCUGUGGCGAGUUUGAGGACGGUGGAAAACGUGCCAGCUAGAGUGCCGAAGAGAUUUAGACCAAACAGCCAAUUUAGAAGACUGCAUAUUGAAAAUCAACAUGGAUUUGACGGCAAGGUUGAUAAAAUUCGUGUUAACGAGCAAAUUCCCAAAUAUAAAUCAUAUACGACGACGAAAUCGGAUCAAUUGAAUGAUAGCCAGGCCGAGAUGCAACUGCAGAAUACAACUCCAAGGCAGAAUGCAAUGAGAGUUGCUCGCUCGGUAGAAGCUUAUGGAAAAUCGAAGGAACAUUUAGUUGUGAACGGUCAGAUCGAAAGUGGAAAUCCUCCAGUUCACGAAUCCAAGCCGCAGCCGCAGAGAGCCGAAGGAUCUGUCAUCAGAGUGUACAGAUCCAUCGAUGCGAAAGUAGAACCGAAAGAACACGAAUCUAUUAAGGGUCAGGAGACGGACUUGGAGGGUCAAGACUCGAAAGUAUUCAGGCCCUUGUUCACGUACAGGAAACAGAUGGCUAGGAAGUAUAGAACAAGAAAUCAUAUAGGCAAUCGUGGUUUCCCGGUUCGUCCGAAACCACGUCGUAAUCGAUUAAUACCAGUUUUCUGAGUUCAUCGAUCGGAACUAAGGGAGCCUGGAAGCACGGAGGCGCGAUAAAGCGGUGGCUAUGCGAACGGGCGUAAUCGAGGCGCGUGUUUGCGCGCUGGGAUCCUUGAAGACGACUAAUUAUCAUAAUAAUUAACCGAUUGAGUCAGCAUCGCUUUUGUGCCAUAAAAGAAGAAAGCGGUUUCUCGGGGACGAGGAAUGAAUUGCCGCGUGUGUAAUAAUGAUCGAAAGCGCCGGGGCAGUCGAAGAAUGUUCCAAGUACCAAAUAUAUAAACUUAGUAUUAGCGCGAGGUAUUCGUUUCUGAAACCGCAGAUUUCGAUAGUGGUUCAUUUAAUUAACAAUAAUUCAUGAUGUAAUAUCGCGCGAUUUUUUAGUAAAAUAUAAGAUUUUUCAACGUUUAUAUGAUGUGAUUAAUUUAAUAAAACAUGUAAAUGAUGUAAUCAUUUAGAUUGAUAAGAUGAUGCCAUUUUUAUAGAAGAAUAAAGUUUAACCAUUUUCUA